UUUGAAUAGCCACAAAAGUUGGUUAUCGCUGAGUGCGUAAAGUAUUAUUUUAUUUUCUGUUGUAUUCAUUUCAGUAAAUGUUUCAAAUUUAUCAUAUUGCCACAUGUGUUUGGAGGUUGUUUUCAAAGGACCAUAAAGCCCGAUGAUGGUUACAAUUUUUCAGUAUCAGUAGUCACGUUUCGGCGUUUAGUGUUUCAUAGCCUUUGUUUACUUUGAGUAUACCUAUAUAUCGGAUAGCAACUUGAUAAAAUUAAUGAUUGAACAAUUAUCCUAAAAUAUCUAAUGAGUAUAUCUAGUAAUGAGUCAUGGAUUACAAAGGAGGUUUCAAUGAGUUUGUGUAGUUUAUAAUUCAUUAACAUAAAGGAUUUUUAACAGUAACAUGGCUUGGUUCAAAAAACUUUCUGUUGAAGUGCCCGUGUUACUAACAUUUUUUGGAAUGUCAUUAACGGGCUCGCUUUCGGCAAAUCUUUUGAUAUACCGUACAUGUUACAUAUUAUUGGGAUAUGGAGAAUCAAACUGUUCUUUGUUGGGAAACACAGACAACAAUAUCACACGGGCAUUGGAGAAACUUGUCGAACCAACAGCUCAAACCAUAGGAACAGUACAAUCAACCGUAUUGUCUGUUCCUAUGAUUCUACUCUGUAUAUGUCUGGGACCGUGGUCUGAUAAAUUUGGAAGGAAACCUAUCUUGCUUCUAUUUCAAUUAGGAAGUUUAUGCGGUUUUCUUAUUAUGGCUUUAUUUAGUGCAAUCCCAACUGUAAGCCCUUGGUAUUUCUCAAUCUCUGGGAUUCCAUCAGUGAUCACAGGUGGAUUACCUGCGUUUUUGACGGUAGCUCUAUCGCACCUUACAGAAACUUCAACCCAAGAGACCAGAGGAAUGAGGAUGGCAAUCUUUGAAGUUUUCAUGGCCUUUGGAACUGUGACAGGAAACUUAGCCGGAUCAGCUUUAUUUUAUGUAACAAACUAUGAGACUGUAUUCGUUACAGCUGCAGUGUGCCAUGCAAUCGGAUUUAUCUAUACCUUUUAUUGUAUACCUGAAUCAGUUGAAAACGUGGAGACCGAGUACCAACCAUUAGCGUUGGCAAGUACUUCCAAGUUUCAGCAAUAUGAAGCCUGCAAUAACGUUAUGUCAAAGGGCAAACUUAAGGGGUUACUCCAAACGAAGAAUUUAAAGGAAAUGGUUAAAGUCGCCAUCAAAAGUCGAGAAAAUUUCAAUACACCAAAAAUAUUAAUGAUGGCAUCAACAUCUACAGUGAUGGUUUUUUGCUUGUACGGUGAAGGUUCACUGAUGUUUCCUUACCUCAGGAAAAAAUUACAUUGGACAUUAACCAUGUACAACAUAUACGGUAGUGUCAGUACUGUGAUAGGAGUCUUCUCUAUCCUAUUUCUUAUCGGUAUUUUACAUAAGUGGAUGAAGAUUAGAGAAUCUAUAUUAAUUCUCAUCGGAACUUCGUCACGUCUGACUGGAAGUGUAGUGGAUGCCCUAGCUACUGAAUCCAUUCAUAUUUAUGUUGGUGCUUUUGCUAAAAGUAUCAAUGGAGUGACAAGUCCGAUGGUACGAACCCUAAUAUCAAAGUUAGUAGAGAGGGAAGAAGUUGGAAAAAUAUUUUCCAUAAUGAUGAUUUCUGAGUUUUUGAUGGGAUUAUUCGCUUCACCUUUAUACACAUAUAUUUUCAAUAACACUAUAAAUACAAAACCAGGACUGUUUUAUUUAGUCAGUGCGGGUUUCUAUACCUUCAGCAUCUUCAUGAUUGGCAUUGUUAUGAUAUUGGAAUUUAAAAGUUCUACCAAUGUUUACAAUGAGUUGGAAAACGAACCAGAAUCCCAAGUGGAAAACUUAAUCGCAGCGAGCGCUUAAAGUGUAUACAAGACGUAUACUGCCUUUGUAUGUGAUAUUUUAAUGUUCAUGAACAUUUUUCAUUAAAUUCUAUAUAGUGUUAUUUAUGUUGAUCUAUUUUAAUAAAAUAUAUUGCUUGAAUAGAGCUUGUUCAACUGUCGUUUUGGAGUAAGAAACUUCCGAUACGUGUGAAAUUACCCUCGAAAAGAAGAGUGAUCCUUUUUUGGUCUAUAUAACGAAUGUAAAAUUUGUGAUGUUUUCUCUAAGACGAAACGUUGGAUUUAAAAGUGUUUUCGAAACUAAUCGGAAUUCUCUGAAAUUCAAAACGUCAUUUGAAUAAGCUCUAAAAUAGGAAACUCUUUUCUAAUUCAAUCGACUUAUUAUCUCUCACGGUUUCCGAUUUGUCUAUAUUGCCCCUCCCUGUUUUGGACAUACACCUUAUAUUUUUCGGUUGAAUAUAUAUUACAAAAAAUGUAGAAUAAGGCAUAAUUUCGACGAGAGACCAACUUGUAAAUGUGCUUUAUAGAAAUGUUUUUAUCAAGAUUUAAAGAAAAUAUAUUGUCGCUGACACAUUA